AUGCCAGCCCCUGAUGCCGCCUCGACUGCCCCCACCCACGGCGCGGGUGAUGCGCCCGACGUCCACCCUGUCGUCCGCACGGCUCUACGCAUUAGCCUCAGCGCCAAAGAAUACCGGGCGCUUUACGGACUACUGGCUAAACGUGCCCCAGGUGUUCAGGGGAAGCUAGUCUCGCCGUCGCACUAUGAUGCUAUCGUCCACUCAAAGAACCGACGCAACGAGGCCGCCGUUCGCGCGUCGUUGAGGGUGUUUGUUGGCACUGGAGCUGCCCUGAAGCUGCUGGAGACGAUCAUCGGUCGGAUUCGAGGGAGCGCAGAACAGAAGAAAUCCCGUGGCCCGAUACUCCGCUCCCCCAACUUCCGCCUUUCCCUAUCUCUAUCCCUCCUGCUUCUGCUCCAUCGUCUUCUCUACCGAUUUCUCGUACGAAUCCGAGCGAACCUAUGUACCGAUGAUGCCAAACCAUUCCGUGACCGAAACCCGCGCAUCGCGCGCGCCUUGACCUCGCGGUUUGCCCCGGCUGUAGGCGCAAGCGCAGCCGGCUUCGCUCUGGGGAUCUGCCCUCAAGAUCAGCUCCGGCUGACUGUGGCAAUCUAUACGGGAACUCGAAGUUUGGAAUUUCUCUACAAUGUUAUGGACUCGAAAGGGUGGCUGGAUGACCGGCCGUGGUGGUUCGGCAGCUGGCUGCUGAUGCCAGUCUCGUGUGCACAGCUAUUCCAUGCCUUCGUUUUCGAUCGGGAAAACACGCCAAAGUGGUUUGGUAAUGUUAUCUUCAGACUCUCACCGAGCUACAUCCCUGGCCGACCGGAUGCGCUACCAGAGGAUGUCUUCUGGCCUGAGAAGGACCAGAUCGUGGACUCUCUCGCAUCAAUUGCGAGCCUGCGCUGGCCGGCAUUUAUCUCCCCAACGCUACACCCGUCUGACCCCAAUACCCUUCCAUUAUCGGUCAAGUCAAUCUCUCCGAUUACUGGGCCUGCUCACCCUUCGAUCGCCCAUCUUUCCUGUGCAUUGCUUCACCCAAGUGUCCCCAGCUGCAGCACCGCAUUCGUGCACCACAUCCUCCUCUCGGUCCCUCCGUUGGCGCGGUUCCUCACGGCUGUCAGUCUCGCGUUGACAAUCCCCAAGUUGAAGACUGUUCUAGCGCAGCCCAUCACCUCUAUAAAUAGUUUGUCCAAGAGAAUUAUCACCAUGACGGCCGUUCUAUCGGCUGCUGUUGGCUCCGCCUGGGGCAGCGUUUGUCUCCUGAACAAUACCCUGCCCCGCUCGACACUUCCGACCAAGCGCUUCUUCAUCAGUGGUGCCCUGGGUGGCCUUCCAUUCGCGCUCCUGGCUAACAGUCGCAGCGUUUUCAUGUACUUCUUCCGCGCUGCCGUGGAUUCUGCUUGGAAGACCGGCGUCAAGCGCGGCCUGUGGAAGGGCGGACGGGCUGUUGAGCUUUGGCUGUUUGUGCUGUCUUGGGCCCUGAUGGGUUCAAUUCUCGAGGCUCACCCAUCAGCUGUCCAGGGCAGGGGUUUACGAAAGGGACUGGCAUGGUUGCGAGGAGAUGGGUUCGUCGACCUUGAAGAGGUUGAGAAGCGCAAGGCACACCGGUCGUUGAAGAAGGCGGAGACCAAGGACGAAUAA